AUGGAGAACCAAGUAGAAGUUCAAGAGGGAAUGAAAGCCGAUAUCCAACAGCUGAAGGAACAAAUGAGACAAGUCCUAAAGACCCUGGAUGCCUUACAAGAUCCUGAAUGUUUAUGCACGCAACGAUCACAACAAGGAGCUCCAGAAGCACGAACUUUCCCUUCCUAUGGUCUUCCCCCGAAUUAUACUCCACCCUCAGGAGUGGACUCGAGACAUCUUGACACUCAAAAGGCCGAAGGUAAUGCAGCUGAAGUAGAAGACGAGCCUGGGGCAACCACUUUCACAAUUCCUGGGCAGACGAUCCAACCAGGUAUUGAGAGCACGAUAAUGAAAAAACAACUUGAGACGAAGUCUCCAUCUUCUGUCAUUACACCAGCAGAUUUUAAGGAUGAUAAGAGCAUAUUAGAAGUCCUUGAAAAAAGGUUGAGAGCCGUAGAGGGUGAAGGAAGUUUUGAAUGUGGAGAUGCUAAAAAACUAUGUUUAGUUCCUGAUGUGGUGAUACCUCCAAAGUUCAGGCUGCCAGAGUUCGAGAAAUAUCGGGGAAAUACUUGCCCGAGGGGCCAUAUAAGCAUGUACUGCAGGAAAAUGGCAGCUUAG